CGGCUGGCGAAGCCUGGCUGGGCGCCGGUGGAGCAGACAGUCGUGUGUCAGCGGGAUGAAGGUCUACAGUGUUCUGGCAUGUGAGUAGCAGGAAAGGAGCAUGGCAGCAGCUUUUCUAGAUGAUAAGGAUGCUCAUUCCCUCCUGAAGCGUUUCCCACGAGCAAACUACUUUCUGGAGGAGAUCAGACCAGGGGACCUUCAGAGGGAGUGCUUCGAGGAGAGCUGCAGUUUUGAAGAGGCCAAUGAAAUUUUUCAUAAUAAAGAGAAAACGAUGGAGUUUUGGAAAGCUCGCAAGGUCUACACUCUAGACAGCAAAACCAGAGAGCCAUUCGAGCAUUCCAAGGGUCUCUUUGUCCUGAUACCUUUCAUGGUGGUGUUCAUCCUCAUGAGCUUUGGCUUCAUUCUUCUUUGGAAGUGCCAUCUCCAGAAGGAUCGACGCAGACGACCAGCUUACACCCAGAAUCGCUUCCUGGCCAACAACCGUAACACACGAUCCCUGCCGCGCAUCCUGGUCCACAGAGAACGGCCUGGCCACGACCAGAGAGGACAGCAGAGCUGUCCCACGGUGGUGGUAAACAACGCCAGCAGAAUGGGAGGUUCCCGGUCUGACUCGCGUGGUCUUCAGCAACAGAACACUCGUGCGCUCUAUGUUCAGGACGCAUCACUGUCCGUGGCUUCGAGGCUGUCUGGAGCCACACCGCCUCCAUCAUAUGAAGAAGUGACAGGACAGUUGCUGAGGUGUGGAGAUGGUGUCACGCCUCAUUCAUACAACGACCCACCCCCUAAAUAUGAGGAUAUAUGAGGUCACUGCUGUGUGUCUAAGGACCCCUGUCUGCCUCAUGUUGCUGCUGUAAGUCUGCAACAUUGAAUACUUAAUGUCAGACCCCUAUUCCAAGGCCAGCAUUUGUUAUCAGUGUGUUCUGACCACUUAUAUUCAGUUUGAGAUGAAAGAGUUGGAUGAUAAACUCUUAUGUUCUUGGUCGCUGACAAUCACUCCCAAACUCCCCUAGUUCGCGUUCAUACGUCUUUUGGAGAUUUGCUUUUGACUGCUGGAGAGUGAAGGCGUGACCAAGAGGGACGGUGAUCCGGCCGAGUUCAGUAAGGGGCUCAGUGGUUGCGGAUGCAGCCUAAUGUGAACUAGGGCUGCGACUGAGCCAGCAACUGUAAGAUGUAACAUGCUGCUGCUUUUUCUCUGCAGUGGCUUCUCUGCCACUGCCUGGUGGCUGAGGUGGACAUGUUGAUCACCAUAAUGUAGCGUCUCACACCUGAGAAAGGAGACGCUUUUAAGUUCUUCUUGAAAAUUAAAUACAUGCUGGCAACUAUUAGCUGUGACCUGAAACUUAACACUAAGUUCCAAAAAGCUCUUUGGUACCUGGUACAACAGUAUUAUUUGAUAAGAAUUCACUCAACAAUUGAGUAAAAGUAGAGCUGUCCUGCUGUAGAUGACAUGGGUAAGCCAGUUUUUUUUUUAACAAGUCAAUGAGCACCCCUCCAUAAUGUUGAAUUCUUUCAUGACAUUUAGAAUCCCAAAGGUUAUGCUUUAAUAUGAGUCAUAUCAUUGAUUUGUAACUGUUGUCGGAUGUCUCUGGUUGAUGAGUGAGAUCCUUAACAUUGGUCUGAUGGAGGGUCUGUUGUUUUAAAGAUGUUGUCAGUCAGUGUCUUCACUUUUCUCUCAAUAUGGUGCUUUUACUGUUACUCUGGUGCUGUGAAUAUAGUAUAACGCUGUAAACUGUAGACUUAUAUUCAUCCGUCAAUAUGUUGAUGCCAUAAGUGUCAGGUCCAUACAUGGUUUCAGUGGUGCGUUGGAUCUUGAAAGAGAUGUUUUUAACUGGAGAAUAGAAAGGUAGACAUCAGUACAUGCUAGCUACUGAUGUUAACGUGCCAAAUUUGACAUCACAUGUGUCACUGCCUCGACUCUCAACUGUAAAAAACAUGUUCACUUUUAAACUCAUCUGAGCUUGUGUGACUGCUGUGUACCGUAGAUGUUAUAUGCAUUUUGAAGAUGUAGUGUAUGAAAAUAUGUUUACACAUCUCACUUACUCAUCCACGCUCCAUGCUGUAUACUGACAUUGAUGAUCAUGGUGAUGAAGUUAACUUGCUGUGACAGAAUUUGACUCGUAAUUCUCUUUCAACACUGACAAGCACCUCAUAAAUAAUACAGGAAAACUCGGCAUAGCUGUUGGACGUUUUCUGGCUUACAAUGAGUCACAGGUCACAAAAGAUGAGACAACUCUGUUUCAUGACACCGCCAACAUUGCUGUUGUCUUUCCUCUUGGACUUUUCUGCGCUACAAACAAACUUGCAAUGUCCAAUGUCGUCAUUGUUUUGCUGCGUGAAUUCCUUUUAACUUUAUCACAUCUUUACAAUGCACUUACAGCUUCCCAAUAGUGGCUUAUGUUUAUAUUUAAAUGUGCCAAGUUGUCAAUGCUACACUGCCUCUCCUAUUUUAUAUAGAUAAGUACGUCAGCACAUUCCAAAAUAUCACUUUUACACUGGCUUUUGCUUUCUAAUUCAAAUGUAUGUACCAAGUAUUUUACAAUAAACGUGCCACUUUUUGUACUGGUCA